GUCGUGAGCCAAUGGAGCCAAGCAGCACUGUGCUUGAGUACUACCUGCCCUACAGGUGCAGUAUCAGCUGUGGGUGUGCACUUCCCUUUGUGUAUGGAUAGCAAUAAAUGAAAUUACACAGGAACGGAACCACUGACAGUCCCAAAUCAAUGACGUCCAACUGCUAGCCGUUGUUGGACUGAGGACUUUGACCACACACAACUCUGCUAACUCUCAGAGGAAUUUCCACAAUCCAGAGCCAGACAGAGGAACCCGGUGGAAGGGAAUUGUUUACAGGAGCAUUCAAACUACAGAGCAGGGGGCAUUUUUUUGGUCUGUUUUUUCCUCACUUUACUCAACCUUUUUCCUCUUGAGUUUGAGAGAAGCCCCAGCCCUAAUGAAGAAGUUAUCCAGCGCAUGUUGAGAGGAGUGACAGCUCGUUGGAUUCAGUGAGGUGUAGGGCACAGAGGAAAAGAGAACAAUGUGGAAAGCAGCAGUGUUGGUGCUCCUGCUGCUAAACAUGGAUAUGCAGGUGAAUGGUGCUGUAGAUAAAACCAUGCAGUUUGCAGCAGAGAAAUCCAGGCCAGAGAGGGCGGCGAAAACGGAAGAGGCUGAAGCCGGUGACACCAUUCUUGCAAGUGACAGUGCUUCUUCAGCUUUUUCGGGUAACUUGCUGGUGGUACCCAUGGAUGGAAGUCACUGGGUGGGUAUGAAGGCAGUUGCCCAAGAAAUGGGUCGCCGUGGACACCGGGUCACCGUGGUGAUACCAGAGGUCAGCAUGCGGAUGGGUCCGGGGAAACACUACCACACUUUGACCCACCCUGUUCCUUAUGACAAGGCAUAUAUUGAUUCUGUGAUGACCACAGUUAAGGACAUAAUGCAAUCACAGCCUUUCGUGGAGAAGAUAAAGAAACGAUUCUCAAAGAUACAGAGCAUCACAGGCUUAAUCCACUCCACUGCAGAGAGUCUACUGUUCAAUGCCAGUCUCAUCUCAUAUCUGGCACAGCAGGGCUUCGAUGCCGUGUUGACAGACCCCUUGGUGCCCACUGGCUCAUUAAUAGCUCGGAAAUUAGGUAUCCCCACUAUUAAUUUGCUGAGGGGGAUUCCAUGUGCCUUGGAUAUGAAGUCUGCAGGCUGCCCCUCCCCGCCCUCAUACGUGCCUCGCUUCUUCACUGGAUACACAGAUAAAAUGAGCUUCAAGGAGAGAGCUGUCAACACUCUGUUAGCUUUACUGGAGCCGCUGCUAUGCCGACUGCUGUACUGGCACUUUGACCAAAUAGCCUAUCAGUUCCUGGGGGAGGAGGUGGGCACAGCUGAGGUGCUGUCAGACUCUGCUAUCUGGCUGCUGAGGACUGACUUGACACUGGAGUUCCCACGCCCUCUAAUGCCUAAUGUAAUACUAGUUGGCGGCAUCAACUGCAACCUGAGAAAUCCUCUGCCUGAGGAUUUGGAGUCCUGGGUGUCAGGGGAGCAUGGGUUUGUGGUGUUCGCUCUGGGCACUUUUGUGUCAGAUCUGCCAGAAGAGAAAACCUCCAUCUUCCUAGAGGCCUUCAGGCAGAUUCCACAGAAGGUGAUAUGGAGAUACACUGGGCAGGUACCUGACAAUGUUCCAGAAAAUGUGAAGAUGAUGAAAUGGGUGCCUCAGAAUGACUUAUUAGCACAUUCUGGAGUUCGGGCUUUCAUCACCCACGCAGGCUCACACAGUGUCUUUGAGGCACUGUGCCACGCGGUUCCCAUGGUGCUGUUGCCAAUAGCGGGGGAUCAGCCUGACAACGCGAAGAGGCUGGCAAGCAGGGGAGUGGGAGUCGUGUUGGAUAUUUUCUCUAUCACUACAGAAAGCCUCCGACAGGGACUGAAUGAGGUCAUAAAUGACAUCAGAUAUAAAGAAAAUGUGCAGAAGCUGUCAGCUCUCCAUAAAGACCGGCCAGCUGACCCGCUCGACCUUUCGGUGUACUGGACAGAAUAUGUGAUGCGGCACAAAGGGGCAAAACAUCUUAAAUCUGCUGUCCAUGAUCUCAACUGGAUCCAGUACUUCUGCCUGGAUAUAAUAGCGCUACUAGCUACAGUAGUUCUGGUUUUUGGCAUACUGACUGUAAAAUGCGCCAAACUAUGCUUCCGUAAACUGAGCAGGAAAAGGAAACAGGACUAGCAGGGUGCUACAUUUGCACCUUCAUCUCAGCAACACUGUUUAUUAAAGGAUAUGUAAAACCCAUCAUUGUCUUUCAAAUGCUAAUGCAAAGUCAGUCAAAUUGUUUAUGGUUUAAAGGUGUGAGAGGGUGUAAGAAGAACAAGUUAAGCCAUUUGGUGAUCAAAAA